AAUCCAAUGUAAAGGGCAAAAAUAUACCUAGUACACACGAUGCACAUUUUAAUACGUAUUUCAUUGGGUUUUUAAAAAAUCGUUUUAAAAUCCCGUAAGCUCAGUGAGUAGCACGUGACACAUUACUAACAUUAAUACCCCAAUAUAAGCCGGAACUGAACGGGGACCCCCUUCACAGGUUGGACUUUUAGGCGAUAAAGCAGUAUCAUUAACACAGAAUCCCGAGGAUUGGUAGCAACGAAAAGAAGUUGUUUGUUAGACAAGUUCCAAAUUCAUCUAUGAUGCUGAAAAGUCUAUUGUUUCUACUCCUGCUGUCAUCGACCCAAGGUUGGUGGAUUUUCAAACCAAAAACCAAGAAAGUUUGUUUUAAAAACAUCGGCUGUUUCAGCAACGCAAAGCCAUUUAAUAAUGCCAAAGGGACCCUACCCGACUCACCGGAUAAGAUUCAGACAACCUUUAGGUUGUACACUAGACAGAACAAAGGAACUGCCCAGAUCCUGAAACCCUACGAUUCCAGUAGCAUCACCAAUUCCAAAUUCGAGGUCAGUCGUCCCACCAUUUUCAUAACUCACGGAUUCACAGACACGGCUAAAUCUGGAUGGCCACUACAAAUGAAAGACGCCUUACUCCAAAAGGCCGACAUGAAUGUGAUUACUGUUGACUGGUCCCGGGGUACUACAGGCUUCAGUUACGACAAGUCCACCGCCAACACUCGUGUGGUGGGAGCCACGGUGGGGAACAUGGUGAAGGCUUUGAAGGACACUGUUAAUUUACCCCUCAAUCGGGUUCAUUUAAUUGGUCACAGUCUUGGAGCCCACGUCAUGGGAUACGCCGGGGACUGGACACGUGGAAUUGGUAGGAUCACUGGUCUUGACCCAGCUGGUUUGAAUUACGAAAGAUACGAUACCAAAGUCAAAUUGGACCCUUCCGAUGCCAACUUUGUCGAUGUUAUACACACAGAUGCAGCCUCUCUUUUGGAAAUGGCCUUUGGGAUCAGGACACUUAAUGGACAUGUCGACUUUUUCCCAAACGGUGGAAGCAAACAACCCGGAUGCCAACGAAGCCUGUGGACAAACAUCCAGAACUUUUUGAAGGGAAAGUUCGGAAGAAUUACAGACAGCGUGGCCUGCAGUCACAUGAGGGCUAUCUACUACUUCAUCGAAUCUAUCAACUCCCCCUGCGAAUUCCAGGCGUUCCCGUGUAACACUUACUGGGAUUUCUACCAGGGAAAGUGUGCGACUUGUAAUGAAGGAUGCAACAGAAUGGGUUACCAUGCCGACGAAAGUGCCACCGGCAAAUUUUAUUUACAAACAAAUGCUGCAUCCCCCUUCUGUAAAAACGAUUGAUGUAUAUUUCCCAUUAUUUGGAUACUAAUAGCGACAUCAUUGUUAUCGUUGCUUAAAUCAGAACACUCCCCCCCCCCCCCCCCCCCCAAAUUGAAUUGUUGUGUUUCCGCUAACUUUCAAGAGUAGGUUGGUAAGAAUAAAUUCAAACUUAUUUGAAGAGUACACAAGAAACAUUCUUAUCACAACCUUCAUUAAACAUUUAAGUUGGAGGUGUAAAUAUAUCGAGGGGUUCAUUAUCCACUAUCAAUGCAACUUUUAAGUAUGCAUUGUUUAAAUAUCUCUUGAACAAAGUGUUAAUGUAUUUUAAUGUAUAACUAUCAUAGUUCAUACCUAAUAAACAGAUGGUGGAAUUUUUGUAAUCAUGAUGUCUUUUUGAAGGGAUCAUCAAAUGAAAAUAAUCCACUGUUGGAUUUAAAAAAAAUUAUAUUACUGCUUGAUUUAUUUGCCCUUGAAUCUAUGGAAAAAGCAUGCUUUAUCAAAACAUAUUAAAAAGAAAUUAUAUUUUCAUACAAAUCUCUUGGUGAAAAGUUACAUAAACUUUCUCUUUAUAAAGAUAUGAAAUAAAAUUAAUCAUUUACCUACCGCACAUAAAUUUAGAAAACUAGACUUUUUUGAAGUUUGAAGAUAUUUACCAGUCAUGUGAAUUUGAUCUACUUCACUUUCAUCAUUAUCUAACAAUAAACAUUUAUUUUGAUUUAAAUCAUUCAAAAUUGUUCCAUUUCCUUUCGUUAUACAUUGAAUACCUAAGUAAAAGCUAGAGUAGAGGUUAUAAUUUAGGGUCGGUCGGGUUAGCGAAAGACAACAAUUCUUAUUUUAUGUGCUGUUGAAAUUAUGUUUUACAAUGAACUUGCAAAUAAAGGAUUGUUUAAGAAAAA